UCCAGGCUGCAGACUCCUGCUCAUUGUGUUCUGACUGCGAUGUGGUGGUUGCGGUUUCUCGCCACCAGCGGAGGCUUCUGCAAGGGCAACCCAGCGGCGACCAGGCACGGUGACCAAAGUCGCAAAGGGAGAGCGGAAGCAGCUGUGGGGUGGUCAGGUCUGGGAAGAAGGGCGGAAGGGAAACUGAGGAUUUCUGGGUUGCGGUCCAUUCUGGAGGAUACUGACCAAAUGCCCCAAACUUUCCAGAAUGUUUCUAGACAUUUCUACUCUUAGGAAUCCUGCAGUUGCAAAGCUGCCCACUUGCCUCCUCAGCACUUUGCCUAUCCCUAAGAGGGCUCAUCAAAGAAGGAAUGGCUGUCAGUUACCUGCCCACCAUAGUCCAGGACUCGGUGACCUUCAAAGAUGUGGCUGUGCUUUUCACCCAGGAGGAAUGGGGGCAACUAAGCCGUGCCCAGCGAGCCCUGUACAAGGAUGUGAUGCUGGAAAACUACAGCAACUUAGUCUCAUUAGGACUGUUAGGACCCAAACCAGACAUAUUUUCUCAACUGGGAAAAGGGGAAGAUUGGAUCCCAGAGGACACCUCAGGAGACUUCUCUCUUGACUGGAUGACAAUGCCUAUGAGUAAGAAAACUACUCUCAAGGCAGAUAUUUCUAAAGAAGAAUUAGGUCAGUGGACAAUAAAGGAAAGAUUCACCAGAGAAAGUCACUGGAAAUAUGCUAACCUGUUGGAAUGGCAGUGUCAGGAAGGUCAGGAGAUCAGCUUGCAGCAAGUGGUCCUCACUCAACAGAACUCCCCAUCUGGGUUUAGUGAACAGGAAUGCAGUGAAUCUGGGAAGGGCAGCACCCUGAGCUCCUCUCUUGUUCAAGACCAGGAAUUUCAGCCAAGUAAAAAAGUCUUUGAAUGUAGUAAGUGUGGGAAAGUCUUCUCUAAGAGUUCUACCCUUAACAAGCAUCAGAAACUUCAUAGUGAAAAGCUCAACACAAGUCAGAAAAUGCAUAUUAAAGAGAAAAGAUAUGAAUGCAGAGAAUGUGGGAAAGCCUUUCACCAGAGUACACACCUCAUCCAUCACCAAAGAAUUCACACUGGUGAGAAACCAUAUGAAUGUAAAGAAUGUGGCAAGGCCUUCUCAGUGAGCUCCUCACUUACUUACCAUCAGAAAAUCCAUACUGGAGAGAAACCUUUUGAAUGCAAUUUAUGUGGAAAAGCUUUUAUCCGAAACAUACAUCUUUCCCACCAUCACAGAAUACAUACUGGAGAGAAACCUUUCAAAUGUGACAUUUGUGAAAAAGCCUUUGUGUGCAGGGCACAUCUUACCAAACACCAGAAUAUUCAUAGUGGUGAGAAACCCUAUAAGUGUAAGGAAUGUGGGAAAGCCUUCAAUCAGAGUACAAGUUUUCUUCAGCAUCAGAGAAUUCACACUGGAGAGAAACCCUUUGAAUGUAAUGAAUGUGGAAAGGCCUUUAGGGUGAAUUCUUCCCUUACAGAACAUCAAAGAAUUCACACUGGAGAGAAACCUUAUAAAUGUAGUGAAUGUGGGAAAGCUUUCAGAGAUAAUUCGUCUUUUGCACGACAUCGGAAAAUUCAUACUGGAGAGAAACCUUACAGAUGUGGCUUGUGUGAGAAAGCCUUCAGGGACCAGUCAGCCUUAGCCCAACAUCAGAGAAUUCACACCGGGGAAAAACCUUACAUGUGUAACAUAUGUGAGAAAGCCUUCAGUGACCACUCUGCUCUUACCCAACAUAAGAGAAUUCACACAAGAGAAAAACCUUACAAAUGUAAAGUCUGUGGGAAGGCCUUUAUCCGAAGCACUCACCUUACUCAACAUCAGAGGAUUCACACAGGAGAGAAACCCUACAAAUGUAAUAAAUGUGGGAAGGCUUUCAACCAAACAGCAAAUCUCAUUCAACAUCAGAGACAUCAUAUUGGAGAUAAGUGACAUGAAUUAAGUUUAUAUGGAAGAGUUUUGAGACUCAGUAAAUUAACUAUUGAAUAUAAGAUAAUCCAUUCUAGAGAAUAAGUAUGAAAACUUAAAUCAGGAUAGUCAUUGUAUUUCUCGAGAGUCAAGCGUCACAAUAUCAUGGGUUUUGAGACUAUAAUAUUGCAAACACCCUUCCACUCUUUAGUACUGGCCUCAAAUUAAUAGCAGUUUGGGGUUUUUUU